AUGUCCAAAUCUAAAAGAUCUCUAUCAAUUACUACCAAUAAUAGCACCACUGAUCCGGUGGAAUCUUCGAUUCCGGAACACGUAGCCGAAAUAGCAGAAUCUAAACCGCCAAUUCCUGACCUUCAAGAAAAAUUAAUUCAUCAUGAUUCAGGCGAAUUCAACGGGAUGUCUCGUCACCAAACUACUUCAAAACAGGCUGAACGAUUGGAAUCCGGCAAGAUAAACCCAUUUACCGGAAAUAAUUUCACUGAUAAAUAUUUUUCAAUUUUAAAAACUAGAAAGAAUUUGCCAGUUCAUUCCCAAAGACAAGAGUUUUUGGAUAUUUAUCAUCGAUCUCAGAUUAUGGUUUUUGUUGGUGAAACCGGUUCAGGUAAAACCACUCAAAUUCCACAAUUUGUUUUAUAUGACGAAAUGCCACACUUAAAUGGUAUGCAAGUUGCUUGUACUCAACCUCGUCGUGUUGCCGCAAUGAGUGUUGCAGAAAGAGUUGCCAAUGAGAUGGACGUUAGAUUGGGGGAAGAAGUUGGGUAUUCUAUUAGAUUCGAAAAUAAAACAUCCAAUAAAACUAUCUUGAAAUAUAUGACUGAUGGGAUGUUGUUAAGAGAGGCCAUGGAAGACCACGAUAUGCGGAAAUACUCCUGCAUCAUUUUAGAUGAAGCCCACGAACGUACUUUGGCCACUGAUAUUUUGAUGGGAUUGCUGAAACAAGUUUUGGAAAGAAGACCUGAUUUAAAACUAAUAGUCAUGUCUGCUACAUUGGAUGCUGAAAAAUUCCAGCGCUAUUUUAGUGAUGCGCCAUUACUAGCGGUUCCAGGUAGAACGUUUCCCGUGGAGAUUUAUUAUACACCUGAGUUUCAGAGAGAUUAUGUCGACUCGGCUAUCCGUACAGUUUUACAAAUCCACGCAACUGAGGAUGAGGGUGAUAUUUUAUUAUUUUUAACUGGUGAAGAAGAAAUUGAAGAUGCAGUCGCCAAAAUAUCUCUAGAGAGCGAUAAGUUAACUAGAGAAGAGGGAUGUGGACCAAUGACUGUUUAUCCUUUAUAUGGUUCUUUACCACCACAUCAACAGCAACGUAUUUUUGAGCCUGCACCUGUUUCUAAUAACGGAAGACCAGGUAGAAAGGUUAUCGUUUCAACCAAUAUCGCCGAAACUUCCUUAACCAUUGACGGCAUUGUUUAUGUUGUGGAUCCAGGAUUUUCGAAACAGAAAGUUUACAACCCAAGGAUAAGGGUUGAAUCUUUACUAGUGACACCUAUUUCAAAAGCGUCUGCACAACAGAGAGCCGGUCGUGCUGGUCGUACGAGACCGGGAAAAUGUUUCAGAUUGUACACAGAAGAGGCUUUCAAAAAAGAGUUAAUUGAGCAGAGCCAUCCAGAAAUUUUGCGUAGUAAUUUAGCUUCUACAGUUUUAGAACUGAAAAAGUUGGGUGUUGAUGAUUUAGUUCAUUUUGAUUUUAUGGACCCACCAGCCCCAGAGACAAUGAUGCGUGCUUUAGAAGAGCUAAACUAUCUAGCUUGUCUAGACGACGAGGGGAAUCUAACUAGUUUGGGUAGACUGGCCUCAUUGUUCCCAUUGGAUCCAAUGUUGGCUGUUAUGUUGAUUGGUUCUAGUAAUUUUAAUUGUUCAGAAGAAAUCUUAACUAUUGUUUCAAUGCUAUCUGUCCCAAAUGUGUUUAUACGUCCACCAAGGGAUAGAAAACACGCUGAUGACGCCAAAGCUGCAUUUUCUCAUCCUGAUGGCGAUCACAUUACGUUAAUGAAUGUGUAUCAUGGCUUCAAAUCUGAUGAAGCCUAUGAGUUGGGAGCUAAAAAAUGGUGUUUUGAUAAUUAUCUAAAUUUCAGAGCAUUAAGUGCUGCUGAUAAUAUUAGAUUUCAAUUAUCCAGAUUAAUGUCUCGUCAUAAUUUGGAAUUAAACAGUACUAGUUAUGAAAACCCACAGUAUUUCGAUAAUAUUAGGAAAGCAUUGACAGCUGGGUUUUUCAUGCAAGUUGCCAAGAAAAGAUCUAGUGGUAAGGGAUAUAUAACGGUUAAGGAUAAUCAAGAUGUUUUGUUACAUCCUAGCACUGUUUUAGGUCGGGAGGCUGAGUGGGUUAUUUAUAAUGAAUUUGUUUUAACUACUCAGAGCUAUAUUAGAACUGUUACUUCCAUAAAGCCAGAAUGGUUGUUUGAAUUGGCACCAGCUUAUUAUCAAUUGGAUCAUUUCCAAAAGGGUGAUGUUAAGAUGAGUUUAGAAAGGAUUAAGGAAAGAGUGGAUGUUUACAGGGAUUUGGAUGCCAAGAAGAGGAGUAAAAAGAAUAAGAAAUAA